GCAGCGGCUGCCCCCGAGCCCCGGGAACCCAUCAGUCAGGACCGCUUGCCCUGCCUCAAGGUAGGCUGCUGGCUGACUACCAAAGAGUAUGCCAGGAAUCUCACUUCCCAAGUCUCUUUUAAAAUGGAAUCUUAGCCUUAAGAUAAGUCCCUCCUGUUCUUAUUAUGCUGUUCAUAUUUCGGCAUUUUUAGGAAAAUUGAUCGUGAUGCUUGUCCCGUGUCCCUGCCCCAUCUCACCUGAGACAGCUGGAGCGGGUCUCAAGGUCAGCCCUGACUCAGAGAGAGCGAAUGGACUCACCUUACAAAGGGCGUUCACUCCGAGUCCCUUAUGGCUCUCUGGCUUUAUCUGAUUGACUCCGCGUUCUUGGUGGACCCCACCCUCUUUUCCUCCCACUCAUAUCUGUCUUUCUGCCCAACACAGUGGGGACAGAAAAAGGCCAGUUUGGGCUUAUAGUCUUUGGAACUGUGUGAGAAGUGCCUGAAAUCUCUCCAGUUUCCCUCUGCAUUGACCCAGGGGCCAGGAAUCACCUGAACCCCCAGCGGGUGCCUCCUGCCGCCGCCCCUCCCCGGGACUCUCAGGACACCGUGGUGCCAUCCAGCAUGUGUGUGGGUGGAGCAGGGGAGGAGCUUGACCUCAGGCCCAGGACACCGUCCUCAGCCUGAUGCCCUGUCCCAGCUGGCUGCCACAGGCUCGGGGACAGAGGCCUCCGGACUAGACUCCCAGGAACUCUGGAGAUAUUCCUCCCCACUCCCUCGUCCUAACUACACCCAACAGGGCCCAACGUCAGGGGCCACUGAGCCAGAUUUGUGGGGGGCACCCACCCAGACCCUCUUCAAGGCAAGACUCCCCUAAGGCCUGAAGCUCCGGGGCCUGCCUCUUCCUCCAGAUUGCCAACCAGGCAGAGACAAGGUUAAGGUUCAAAGUCCAGAGAGGGAACUGGGGGGGGGUGCUGGUGUGAGGCUGGGGGUGCAAGGCUGGGAGCCACAGCCCUCCCCCACUGCCUUGGGCCUAGAGCUCAGGGUCCUGCCCCAGGGAUCUUGCCUACAGAGCUGAAGACCCCCUUGCUAGGUAGGUGGGCAGGCAGAGGGCACAAGCUUCCAUUUGUCCUUGGGGCUUUGGCCAUUUCCUGGGGAAUUUUCCCUGGAGGGUUUGGAGAGGAAGGACAUGAUUCCACUUGGAUUCCAAUGUGCCUCCAAUUCAGAGACCACAGUCCAGGACCCAGGAGGAGAGGGCUCUGUACCUCCACCUCCAACUGGGACCUCCAAGGGGUGUGGGUGUGUGUGUGCACCGUGUGUGUGCGCGCGUGUGUGUGUCAGUGCACCUGUACCGAAGCUGCUUGAGCCAGGGAGGCCAUGCAGGGAAGGGGUUGGGACGAGGGGGGCAGGGGUGUGUGCAGAGGUGGAAAGUCGGGGAUGGGGCCCUUGUGGGACUGUGGGGACUUCUGUGCACCCCGCCUCAGGCUCCCUUGAUUGAGGACAGCCCCUAGAGAGAGGGCUGCAGGUGCAACACCUCAGCCCUUGGGGAAGCAGAUGGGGUGACCCUGCCCCACAGUUCUGGGGGCAGCAGGCAGGCUAGUGGAUACCCAGGCCUCCCCAUCCAGGGGAAGGGGCCCAGCCCUCGCCCCCCACAGGCAGCUGCUCCUUGUUGUGGGGAGGAUCCGCUGCUGGAAUGGUUAACCUGCGAUGUCUCUGCAGCCAAUCACAGAGCCCUGCAGGAAAUACCUGGGAGAGAUCCCUGUGCUGGCCCGCCAGGCGGGCCCCAGCCCAGCCCCAGUCCGGUCCCAGGCGGCCAGCGGCCUGCAGUCUCCUCUUGUGUGCACAGCCUCCCCGGGCCACCGAGCGCGUGGGGGUCUCAGCAUGGCAAUCCUGGGCCCACGUGAGCUCGGGCUGCUGCUGACCAUGCUGGUGGUGACUGGGAUCGGGGCCCAGCCUGCCCAGCUGCUGACCUUGCUGUCCUCAGGCCAGGGCGCUCUGGACCGUGAGGUGCUGCGCGGCCUGUUAAAUACACUGGUGGCCCGUGUGCACUGUGCCGGCGGGCCGUGUGGAAAGUGCCUGUCUGUGGAUGAGGCCCUGGCCCUGGGCAGGCCUGAUAGGCCAGGAACACCCCUGGGGUCAGUCCUAGAGCCCAGGCACAUUGCCCGCCUCAGUGCCGCUGCCGCCAUCUACCUCAGCGACCCUGAAGGCACAUGUGCAGACAUCCGGGCUGGGCGCUGGGCCUCCCGUGCUGACCGCCUCCUGGCCCUGCUGGAAGGCCCUGAGGCCCUGACCCGAGGCCUGAGCAGGCUGAUGCAGAGGAUUCUGGCCCGGGCUGCUGGUCCACCCACUGCAAAAAAGGCCUGUGUGGACCUGCCUCAGCUGCUGGAGGAGGCAGCGAGGGCAGGGGCUCCCGGAAGAGCUGGCCCUGUGCUGGCUGCCCUGCUGGACCAUGUGAGGAGCGGGUCGUGCUUCCGCGCCCUGCCGAGCCCCCAGUACUUUGUGGACUUUGUGUUCCAGCAGCACAGCAGUGAGACUCCCAACAUCACGCUGGCUGAGCUGGAGGCCUUGAUGCAGCACCUGGGGGUGGGUGGUGAGACCCAUGGUGAACACGGUGACCACAGUGAUGCGGGAAAGGGGGCCGACCACCAGGGCCCUGUGUUCCUCGCCACCCCUAACGGCAGCUCCAGCGUGUGGGACACAGUAUGCCUGAGUGCCAGGGAUGUGAUGGCUAUAUAUGGGCUGUCUGAGCAGGCUGGGGUGACCCAGGAGGCCUGGGCCCGACUGAGCCCUUCCCUGCUCCAGCAGCAACUGAGUGGGGCCUGCAGCCCCCGGCCCAGGUCCCCCACCCAGGACCAGCUCAGCCAAGCAGAGAAGUACCUGUAUGGCUCGCUGGCCACACUGCUCAUCUGUCUCUCUGCCAUUUUUGGCCUCCUGCUUCUGACCUGCGCCAGCUGCAGUGCUGUCACCCACUAUGUCCUCCAGGCCUUCCUGAGCUUGGCCGUGGGCGCGCUCACGGGUGAUGCCCUCCUGCACUUGACACCCAAGGUGCUGGGUCUGCACAUCCACAGCGGCGACAGCACUGGCUCACAGCCCACAUGGCGCCUCAUGGUCAUGCUUGGAGGCCUUUACACCUUCUUCCUGUUUGAGACCCUCGUCAACCUCCUGCUGCCCCCGGACCCCGAGGACCCAAAGGACGGGCCUUGCAGCCGCGGCGGCCACAGUCACAGCAGCCACAGCCACGGCGUGUCCCUGCAGUUAGCUCCCAGUGAGCUCCUGACGCCCAAGCAGUCCCACGAGGGCUCGCGCGCAGACCUGGUAGCGGAGGAGAGUCCAGAGCUGCUGACCCCGGAGCCCCGGAGACGGAGCCCAGAGCUGAGGCUGCUGCCCUACACCAUCACGCUGGGCGACGCCGUGCACAACUUCGCCGACGGGCUAGCUGUGGGCGCCGCCUUCACGGCCUCCUGGAAAACCGGGCUGGCCACCUCUCUGGCAGUGUUCUGCCACGAGGUGCCGCACGAGCUGGGGGACUUCGCGGCCCUGCUGCACGCCGGGCUGUCGGUGCGCCGGGCGCUGCAGCUGAACUUGGCCUCGGCGCUCACCGCCUUCGCCGGCCUCUACGUGGCGCUCGCAGUCGGCGUCGGCGAGGACAGCGAGGCCUGGAUCCUGGCGGUAGCCACUGGCCUUUUCCUCUACGUGGCGCUCUGUGACUUGCUCCCGGCUAUGCUGAACGUGAGGGAUCGGAGGCCUUGGCUCCUCUUCCUGCUGCACAACGCGGGCCUGCUGGGCGGCUGGACCGUCCUGCUGCUGCUGGCGCUGUAUGAGGACAGCAUCGCCCUUUGACAGCCUCCGGGGCUUCUCGGACUCUUGACUGGCUCCUGGCUCAGCUCCCUCAGGUCUUCGGACCCACCAGCCACACCUGACCCUGCAGCCCGGAGCCCAGAGAGCACCAGGCCUUCGAGAGUCUCUCUCCUCCAUGCCCCACCACCCCGCUUCAAUAAAGACAUUUUUUGUCUU